AUGCAAUCUGAUGAGGCGUCUUUGAAAAAAGAUUAUCAAUUCAAUAUUCAGGAGAAAGAAAGUAGUACUGAUAAUGGUAAUUUAGAAGAGUUCGAAGACUACGGUGUAGAAUUUACCAAUGCUAUUGUUGAAGCUUGCGGCCAUGAUCCAGAAUCAUUCCCAGAUGGUAUCUACCCGAAAGAAGUUGAAUAUAUGAUCACUGUGACAAAGCGUUUAUCGAUCGAGGAGUCUUUAAAGAUUUUAGAAAAGACUUUGAAAGAACAUGAGGAUGACGCAAAUUUACCAGAAGAUUUGAUUGAAAGAACUCGUUCUCUGCUCGAUAGGGAUGACUACUUGAAACAGGGUCAUAGUGAGUUCGAAUGGUUCGAACAGUGUAAAAUUGAUGCAGCAAUGAUCCACUACCAUUCUCCUUAUCCAGAAGUCAGAACAGUCACUUCUCCGAUAGAUGAUGAAACUAUUCCCAUCGAAACUUUUAGAGCUUACUUCUUGGGCUUCUUUUGGACCAUCUUGGGUGCUGGUGUCAAUGAAUUUUUCGUGCAUAGAAAGCCAAAAAUCUCUUUAACGGCCCCAGUGAUGCAGAUCUUGUUAUAUCCAUGUGGUAAAUUAUUUGAAAGAGUGAUGCCCAAUCAUACUUUCAAGUUAGGUAAGAUUUCCGUCAAUUUCAAUCCAGGACCGUGGUCGUUCAAGGAACAGAUGUUUUCCACUAUUAUUUUCAAUGUCGCUACAAGUUACACUUACGUUUCCCAUAACAUUUAUGUGCAAAGAUUAGAAAUCUUCUACAACAAUAAAUGGCUAGAUUUCGGUUAUGAAGUAUUGUUAAUGCUAUGUUCACAACUGCUCGGUUUCGGCUACGCAGGUAUACUCAGAAAAUUUGUCAUCUACAAUGAAAAGUGCAUAUGGCCAACGUUGUUCCCAACUUUGGCUCUUAAUGGGGCCCUUUUGAAACCUGAUUCUAAGGAAAACAUCAACGGUUGGCGAAUGACCCGUUACAAGUUUUUUCUGACAUUCUUCGUCAUUAUGUUUAUUUACAAUUGGAUUCCUACUUAUUUGUUCGAAGGUUUAUCCACUUUCAGUUGGUUGACCUGGUGUUCUCCUAAAAACUUCGAUCUUGCUGUAGUCACAGGAAGCCAAUACGGGCUAGGACUGAACCCUGUUCCUACCUUUGAUUGGAAUAUCAUUGAUUAUAACUACGCCCUUACUAUCCCAUUCUUUUCUCAAUUGAAUCAAUACAUUGGGACGUUUAUUGGAUUCUUUGCUAUAUUAGGCAUAUAUUAUUCAAACUAUAAAUGGACAGCCUUUUUACCAUUAAAUUCAAAUGAUAUCUUCACUAAUAGAGGAGAGUCUUAUGUCGUUCAAGACAUAUUGGAUGAAAAUUCAAUGCUUGUGGAGUCAAAAUAUCAGGAGUAUUCUCCACCGUAUUACUCUGCUGGUAAUUUGUUGGUCUACGGUGGUAUCUUCGCUCAAUAUCCAUUUGCAUUUCUUUAUGUCUUCUUCACCGAAUGGGCAUCCAUAUUACAAUGCUUCAAACAAAUGUACAGACAGAUCAAAAAUUUCCGAAACGUUAGCAUCAAAAGUUCAACUUAUGAUGGCUUUGAUGACCCACAAACAAGGUUAAUGAAAAAGUACAAGGAUGUACCUGAUUGGUGGUUCCUGGUCGUUUUAGUUGUUGCUUUGGUUCUGGGUAUCUUAUGCAUCAAACUGUACCCAACUCAAACUCCUGUAUGGGGGUUAUUCUUCAUCCUUGGAAUUAACUUUGUGUUUUUAAUUCCAAUCUGCUUUAUAUUCUCCAUGACAGGGUUCAACAUGACUAUGGGUGUGAUCACUGAGAUCAUUAUUGGUUAUGCUCUUCCUGGUAACGGUUUAGCUUUAAUGACGUUAAAAUCGUUGGGUUACACUAUAGACAACCAAGCAGAGUCAUACAUUGCUGACCAAAAGUUGGCACAUUACGCUAAGAUUCCACAACGCGCUGUCUUCAAAGGUCAAUUAGUCGGCGUUUUAAUUCAAUGUUUUGUCUCUUUAGGUGUUAUUAGUUGGCAAAUAGUCAAUGUGAAAGACAUCUGUACGUCGAAAGCAGAAAACAAGUUUACUUGUCCAAAGGAGGUUAACUUUUACUCUUCUUCUGUGUUUUGGGGUGUCAUCGGCCCUAAGAGAGUGUUUAACGGAUUAUAUCCAAUCUUGAAAUAUACAUUCUUAAUUGGGUUCUUGUUAUGCCUAUUGUGUUGUGCUAUCAAGUAUUUCUUCCCAAGACAAACGAGGCUAUUCCAUCCAACAAUCUUAAUUGGUGGUAUGCAACAAUUUGCUCCUUACAAUUUAUCUUAUGUGACUGCCGGUUUGUACUUCUCUUUCGGAUUCAUGUUCUACAUCAAGAGGUACUACACUAAAUGGUGGGAAAAGUACAAUUACGUGCUUGCUGCUGCGUUCUCAUCUGCCGUUGCCUUUUCUGCAAUCAUUAUCUUCUUUUCCGUUAAAUAUAAACCAAAGCCCAUUGACUGGUGGGGAAACAAUAUUGUUGGCGUCGGUGUUGAUGGUGGAGAGGGGAGGCAGACUCUCAAAAAUAUAACGAGUGCUUUUGACGGUUAUUUCGGUCCAAGAAAAGGUUCAUAUCCAUAA